CCUGCAGGCUGCUGUGCUUUCGCGGGUGGGGAAUCGCUGAGCUCCCAGGGAAGAGGCUGCUGAGGCAGGACAAGGCAGAGGUCAGCCCCGGCACAGCCAACCACUAAGCCCAAGGACAGCCACACAAGUACCUACCUGCACUGACUGGCAGCUGCUGAGCAGAGGACUUGGCUCUGAGAAGUGUGAGCACUGACAAUGGAACUAUUCCUGGGUUUGACCCAUAACCACUGUUUCAUCACUCUGUGCUUCAUCUCCCUGAGCCCGCUGGCCUGUGCCCAGUAUGAACACUGGUCCUACCUCCCUGGUUACCCUGAGCCACCCCCACAAGCGUACCAACCUCCUCAGAGACCAGCCAACGUCCCCAAGAUCCAGCUGAGGCUGGCAGGGCAGAAGAGGAAGCACAACGAGGGCAGGGUCGAGGUGUUUUACAGCGGCGAGUGGGGCACCGUGUGCGACGACGACUUCUCCAUCCACGCUGCCCACGUGGUGUGCAGGGAGCUGGGCUACCUGGAGGCUGUGUCUUGGCUACCAAGCUCCAAGUAUGGGAAAGGAGAAGGGAAAAUCUGGAUGGACAAUGUCCACUGUAAUGGGAAGGAGAGCACCCUGGCAGCAUGCACGUCCAACGGCUGGGGGGUGACGGACUGCAAACACACCGAAGACGUGGGAGUGGUCUGCAGUGAAAAGAGAAUCCCUGGCUUCAAGUUUGACAACUCCUUGCUUAACCAAAUCGAGAACAUGAACAUCCAGGUGGAGGACAUAAGGAUCCGCGCCAUCCUCGCCACCUACCGCAAGCGCGUGCCGGUGACAGAGGGUUACGUGGAGGUGAAGGAUGAAGGGAGCUGGAAGCAGAUCUGUGACAAGCACUGGACCAUGAAAAACUCCCGAGUGGUCUGUGGCAUGUUUGGAUUUCCAAGUGAGAGGAAAUACAACACCAAUGUCUACAAGAUGUUUGCCAGCAGGAGGAAGCAGCAUUACUGGGCUUACUCCAUGGACUGUAGUGGGAAUGAAGCCCACAUCUCCAGCUGCAAGCUGGGCAAUCACCUCACGGUGGACGCUCAGAAGAACGUGACGUGUGAGAACGGGCUGCCGGCCGUGGUCAGCUGCGUCCCGGGACGGGCCUUUGCCCCCAGCAGCCACAGCGGCUUCCGAAAGGCCUUCAGGCAGGAGCAACCACUGGUGAGGCUGAAAGGAGGAGCCAACACUGGUGAAGGACGAGUGGAAGUGCUGAAGAAUGGGGAGUGGGGCACAGUUUGUGAUGACAACUGGAACCUGGUGUCAGCCAGCGUGGUGUGCAGGGAGCUGGGCUUCGGCAGCGCCAAGGAGGCCAUCACGGGCGCGAGGCUCGGGCAAGGCAUGGGGCCAAUUCACCUCAAUGAAAUUGACUGCACGGGCUUUGAGAAAUCAGUCACGGACUGCAAGUUCAACAUGGAGUCCCAGGGCUGCAACCACGAAGAAGAUGCUGCUGUGAGGUGCAACGUUCCAGCCAUGGGCUUCCAGAACCAGCUGCGCCUGAGCGGCGGCCGCAACCCCUACGAGGGCCGUGUGGAGGUGCUGGCCGAGCGCAACGGCACCCUGAGGUGGGGCACGGUCUGCAGCGAGAACUGGGGCACGGUGGAGGCCAUGGUGGUGUGUCGGCAGCUGGGCCUGGGCUUUGCCAGCCAUGCCUUCCAGGAAACCUGGUACUGGCACGGAGACAUCAGCGCCGACAGCGUCGUCAUGAGCGGCGUCAAGUGUUCGGGGACAGAGAUGUCGCUGUCCCACUGUCGUCACGACGGAGCCGACGUGUCCUGUCCCAGAGGAGGGGGCCGUUUCGGUGCUGGGGUGUCCUGCUCAGAGACUGCCCCUGACCUGGUGCUGAACGCAGAGCUGGUGGAGCAGACAGCCUACCUGGAGGACCGCCCCAUGUUCAUGCUGCAGUGUGCCCUGGAGGAGAACUGCCUGGCCAGCUCUGCCGUCAACACCUCCCUGAGCUCGGGCUACCGCCGCCUCCUGCGCUUCUCCUCCCAGAUCCACAACAACGGCCAGUCCGACUUCAGGCCCAAGAACGGCCGCCACGCCUGGGUCUGGCACGACUGCCACAGGCAUUACCACAGCAUGGAGGUUUUCACCCACUAUGAUCUCUUGAACCUCAAUGGCACCAAAGUGGCCGAAGGCCACAAAGCCAGUUUCUGUCUGGAGGACACGGAGUGUGAAGCAGAUGUGCAGAAGCAAUAUGAAUGUGCCAACUUUGGGGAGCAGGGGAUCACAGUGGGCUGCUGGGACGUGUAUCGGCACGACAUCGACUGCCAGUGGAUCGACAUCACGGACGUCCCACCAGGAGAUUAUCUCUUCCAGGUUGUCAUCAACCCAAACUAUGAAGUUGCUGAGUCUGAUUAUUCCAACAACGUGAUGAAAUGCAGGAGCCGCUACGAUGGGCAGCGCAUCUGGAUGUACAACUGCCACAUAGGUGGCUCCUUCAGCGAGGAAACGGAGCAGAAGUUUGAUCACUUCAGUGGACUCACAAAUAACAAGGUGGCCACGCGAUAGAGGGGCAGCACCUCCCCUCCCACUAUUUAAUGAAGCGAGUUCCCCACUUCGGUGACUCCCCUGAACCACUGCACACAGCAAGAAAAGACAAAAAAAUCAAGCAAACAAAUCAAACUCUAAAUCAGCAAGGUAAAUUAUUUUCCUUCCUGGGUUAGGUGCUCAGACCCCCCUGUGCCUCUCGGCCCUCCGCUCCCUGCGGCUGAGGUAGGUAGGAGCAGGCUUGCAGACUCGACUUGGCUCCGUUUCUUCACCAUUCCAACCUUCUCCACGACGAUUUCUCCCCUUGCUUUGCAGCACCAUCUCUAUCUACAGGCAGCACUGGCCUUUGUUUGGGUACCAAAAACCUAAAUCUUGUCUUUACCGUUGAUUUGAGGCGUUAAUGUUGGGAUCUUUAAGCUCUUUGACUCAAGUUUGAAGGCUGCUGCUCACCCUCCAGCCUUAAUCCAGUGUAGCAAAGAAACCACACACAGGAUGGUGGGGGUUGGAAAGGACCCCCAGAGCUCCUCCAGCCCCUGCUCAAGCAGGUUCCCCUGGCUCAGGGGGCACAGGAACAUGUCCAGGUGGGGUUGGAAGGAGAAGGAGCCUCCACACCCUCCCUGGGCAGCAUGGGCCAGGGCUCCCUCACCUCAGCACCAAAGGACUUUCUCCUCCUGUGCCAGGGACACUUGCUGUGAUCCGGCCUGUGCUCCUUGUCCUGGCACUGGGCACCACACAACAAAGACUGGCCCCAUCCUCCUGACAUACAGCCCUUUGCUGAGGUCCCCCCUCAGCCUUCUCCAACUGACCAGCCCCAGGUCCCACAGCCUUUCCUCCUCACACAACGUUCCAUGCCCUGGCAGCCCUGUGCUGGAAAUACAGGAAAACCCCAAAUACUGGAGCAGCUUUUUCUGAGCAGAACAGCCUGAACCACAAUUUAAUACCCCAGUGAGAGUCUUGUGUUCAACAAUCAGCACCCAAACGAGCUCUUCAGCAGAGCAGCUGCCACAGAACUGUUCACCAUGAAGCUGAAGCUGCACCUCCCUCCCGACAUCUGGAAGACUCUGCAGCUCUCCUGCUGCUGGGCUGUGACCUCCCACUGUGCAGUAAACCCUUCCCCUCAUGGAUUCUCCAGCCAGCCACAUCGUCCCUUCUCAGCUGACCAGUCACUGCCCUUUCUUUAAAGGAGGAAUUUAGUUAAGGCAUUGCAUCACCACUGUACCUUACAGAGGGAACUUCCUGAUGUCCAUCAGCAGGGAGCUGAACCUGGGCUGUGUAAGUUGGCUUUAAGAAGGGGUUUUUGUUAACACUUCAGUUCACAAUGGUGCUAAGUGUGCUCCUCUGUUUGUUUGAGGACACACCUUGCUACGCAUAUUCAGACACAGCUACUUGAAUAAAACAUGUUUUACCCAGAACAAAAUCAUGGUUUAUAUGCCAUUUGUGUAUUUCUGCUCCAUGAAAGUUUAGGGCCUCAUUCAUAAUUCCUGGUACUGAAGGUAUUGUUUCCUCCCUCUCUGUAUUGAAGACUUCUCCAAGGAGCUGAAGUGAACUGAACACUCACAGCUGCUCAUUUCAGCCCACAGAGGGAUUGCAAGUGGCUGUCCCAUACCUGUCCUCUCCACAGCCUACCUCACAGGGAUGUUGUGAGGCUUAAAGAACACAAAAGGCUUUUGCUAAAGCCUGUCAGAGGAUUUCUGGCAUGUAGCAAAGGUUUUUAGCCUGCUCCAAAGUUGGAAAACUCCAUUUUGUUCUCAGGAUGCAAAAGCAGAGUCUGGGCUGUGGCAGGUGACCUCAGCAUCAGCCACCACCAGGCUCUGAACCCAUCACGUUCUGGUUGUCUUUUCCUAGUCGGUGUGUGACAACUUUCCUUUAUUACAAAGCAAGUCAGGCUCUUUGAAACUCUGUAAACAAGGAAAAAAACCCUGAAACUCAACUGGCAUUCGCUGCUUGUCAGUUUUAGGGGAUGUUUUCACAAUAACAUCACAACCAAACAAACAUGAAACACAUUUUUGUUUUGGACUCCUGCAGAUGCUCUGCCCCUGCUUACAGAUGAAUUUUGGCCAACACCAGACAGUUCUCUUCCUCUAAUGCAUUUUUAUCCUUAGGAUUACAGAGCAGGCUUUUCUGCACGUGUCCCAGUGAGUAACAAAUGCUUUUGAAACAGAGCAGAACAAAACGCUCUCCCCUCAGGAAGAGCCAACAGCAGCUCUCAGCUCAAUCUCUAAUUAAACAGUAGCACUUUUCCCCCUUCCCAACUUUACAAAGAUGGUGCUAAUCCCUAAGUGAACAUCCCAUGGUUAACUCACUGUUCUGCAUGCAGUUAAAUAGCACAGCCAUGCUCAUCUAUACAGCUUUUUGUUACUUGUAGCUGUGGGGGUUUACUCCUCCUGGUCCAAGCUGUCUGGCAGGAGCGCUUCAUGGCUUGAGGGGUCCUGCUGCCUGUGCCUCCAGCCCAAAGCCCGGCUCACCAGCCUCCUGGCCACUGCAGUGUCAGUCUGGGGUCUUUCUUUUCCCAGGUGAAGGAGUUCUAUGUAAAAAAAAGGGUGAAAAACACAUGAAGUUAGUGCUUGUUCAGGAACAGGUGUGUGGCUAGACCAUAGGGCUAGCUUCUGUUUUCUUAGUUCCUUUACAGAAGGAGCCCAGGAGCAUGAGCAAAUCCUUCCAGCCCUGUCCAAUACAUUCCCUAAAGACAUUUCAAGUAAAAGAACAAUUUAAAUGUCUAAAAUAAAUGUAGAAAGGUGAACCUGCACAUUUGUACUUCAGAUGUUUCAAUGACAGUUCAAAAGCUAUUUGGCUCUGACUAAGCCUCAGGCCUCUCCUGCAGCACUAGUGAGAAUUAUUUCUUCCCUGUUCCCUUUUCAGGAAGAGUUUCUUACCCAUUCCUGGCAAAAUUCAGCAAAAGUCUUGUCUCUGAGAACAAAAUGGAGGCACAUGGUCCAACCCAUUCAUCCCCACACAGGCAAGUUUGAUCUCAGCUUAUUCUGAAUCCAACCCAGCAGUUUAAAAUCCUUAGAAAGCAGCAAGGGAAAACAAAAAUCUCUGCAUUUUUAAACAACAUAGCUAAAAUCUCUCAGAUGCUUUGGGAAAGCCCUUUGGCCAGUAACUUCCAUUUUCUGGCUUGCUACAGUUUCAUCUUGCAACCAACUGAACGCACCAAAACCUGUACCAAGUCCACCCUAAGCCUGGAUUUGGCAGUUACCUAAUCAUUUAUCAGCAACUGUCUGCAAAUUUAUUAUCCAAUAGCAAUGGGGGCUUUGCUUGCUUUUCCCCCCAUGUUUUAUUACUAAAGGCAGCGUAAAGGGAAAGGGGCAGACUCAAAGCAGUGCAGCUCAGAAAACUGCCAUUCUUUCUUAAUAAAGCUCAAAAGAAAGAACAACAUUAAAGACAAGAGACACUGUCAGCUAAGAAAGACCCAAAUUUGUGUUUGGGAAAGUGAAGAGAAUUAAACUGAACACUAAACGAGUUCACGAUGUUCCCCAUGAACAGGAGUCAGGCAGCAGGACUGAGAACAGAGGAAGGGGAAGAGCAUAAAACCAAAUGUGAUUCUUUGCCCUUUCAUUUGAAUCUGGCAGUUGUAACCAUCACUCAGGAAGGUCUCAUAGUGACAGUGUCCCUUUGGAGCAUCACCACUGCCCUUGGUUUCCACAGAGGUGUAAUGUAGAAGUAACAGUAUAGUUGUACCUUCAGCAAAGUCUCUACUGCUACACAACUCAUGGCAUUUCUUUACUGUGGCAAGUAUAACUGAUUACAGUAUGAUUUUAAAAGGCAAAUAAAGGAAAUAAACCAAUGUUAA